AUGGCGGACUCUGAGCUGCGUCAGCGCAAGGCCAAGGCUGAGCCAGAACACACCAAGCCUUCAAGCAUACACGACGACGCGCACGACGACGACAAGGCCAGCUUCUACCUCGACAUUCUCCGCGUAUUGAGCUUCAUCAUCGUCGCCUCGUGCGGACUCAGCUAUGUCGUAACCGGCGGCAGCAGCUGGACAUGGGGCGGCGUGCAACUACCAGAGUACGCUCGCACUGUCUACUGGAAGGAGAGGCUGUCUGGCCCGAUGUACAUGACCCCAGAAGAGCUUGCGCAGCACAACGGCGCAGAUCCCGAAAAGCCACUGUAUCUCGCCAUCAAUGGCACCAUCUACGACGUCUCCGUGUCGCGACACAUCUACGGCCCCGGCGGUUCCUACCAGUACUUCGGCGGCCGCGAUGCCGCGCGCGCCUACGUGACGGGCUGCUUUGCCGAAGACGCCGUGCCUGACAUGCGGGGCGUGGAGGAGAUGUAUCUGCCCAUCGACGAUCCCGAAGUGGACGCAUACUGGACGACGGCGCAGAUGGAGGAGAUGAAGAAGCAGGAGCGAGCAGCCGCCGAGGAAAAGACGUUCAACGCCUUGAAACACUGGGUCGACUUCUUCGCCAAGAGCAAGAAAUACCACCGCGUCGGCUACUUGAAGAGGGAAGAGGGCUGGCUGGACAAGAUGCCCAGGAGGCAGCUCUGCGCCCCGGCACAAAGGGGAAGGGCCAAAAGGAAGAUCCCUAAGGUCUAA